AUGGUCGACAGACACGACAAGCGCACUUCAGCAGCGCGCGCACCCAUCCUCAUCCCUGCCCAACCCGCCGCCAAACCCGCGACUUCGGCCUCCGCUGCACGACCGCUCCCCUCGCCUCUCGACGCCGCCAUGAAGCCAAAGGGGCAUGGGAGGUCGCGCUCGUGGUUCAACACGCUCCUGAAGCCCAAGGCGGGCGCGAACAGGCGGAGUCUCCAGCCGACACCGACUCCUCCGCCGCGAACUGCGCACGCGCUGACGGCUCCUUCGGCGAGGAAUGGCUCAAGGCGGGCACGCGUGAGCGUCUCGGUUGACUUCAAGGGCAAGGAGAACGUCGCCGUCGCGUCGUCGCCCGUUCUGUGCCGUCCUUCCGCUCACAAAGAUCGCUCCUCGUUUGAUGUACCGCGGUCUGGCUCGUACUUGGACGUCAAGCCCCUCCCGCUCGACGGCGAACAGAAGCAGCGACUCGAGUCGUUCGCCUGGGACGGAGACUACUCGCCUCUACCGCUGAGCGAGGACAAGGGCAAACGACGAGCGGUGUACUUCGACGAGCAGGAAGAAGUGACGGAGGCGGCCAACAUGAGUCUCGGCUCGGUAUGGAGGGGCUUCCUUGAGGAAGCGGACGCCUCGGUCGACGAGCUGGGCAACCUGCGCUCGUCGAUCUCGCAGACGGACGCUCCGCAACGCCUUUCGAUCUCUUCCGACACUCCCUCGACGAUCGCCUUUCCCGGACCGGCGCUGCUGGCGGAUCUUCCUGUCACUUCCGUUCCUCUCCCCUCCGAACCUCGCUUCUCUCGCUUCUCCGUGUCUGCGCCAUCGAACCUCUCGCCCAUCCCUGAAGCCGACACUUUCGACGUCUCUUUCACGAACCCCUUCACGCUUGCACCCCGCCAAGUCAGCGGUUCCUCCACCCUCUCCAACCGCCCAGUCCUGCACAUCGAAGUUGCCCCAUCACGCAGGGCAUCCGCCAUGUCGAGUUCCGUCUACUCUCUCGCCUCAGAGCCCGAAGACGACCUCGAGACACCUGUCAACCCGGCGUACGACACCCGCCCUGAACCCGCCUCGUACUUCUCGCCCAUCUCGUCGCCCGAAAACACGCCUCUCUCGCUUCGUCUCGAGGGUCUCGCUAUUUCCGGCGCGGAUCUCUCUCCUUCAGCACCCGCCUCGCCGGCCUCACAACGCUCGCUCGACGCGACCUUCCCCAUUACCGAACCGCUCUUCGCGCCUCUCCCGCUCUCCGAAAAACCGUCGUUCUCAGCCUUCCGCUUCCCCUCGACCUCUUCGGCGUCGUCAUCGGACCUCACACAUCGUGCUGCCUCCCUCUUCGACGACCCGCCAGUCUCGGCACCCUCCUCGACCGUGACAGUCGCGACGAGCGUUUUCACUCGCGAGUCACCGGGCCCUUCGACGCUGGAGGAGCAGUGCCCCGCGCCGAGCGGCUCAGGACUCGCUCGUGGCGAGUGGCGAACGGACUGGGCGUUCUCCGCUGCGAGACAGGCGGAGUUGGCGCUGGGAGAGGAGGCGCGAGGACGGCCUGUCGUCUUUGACCUUUCGCCGACCGAGACGACCUUCCAGACGACUCGCCCUUCUCCGAGACCCGAGCGUGUCACAUCGCCAGCACGACCUUCCGGCGAGGACGACCGCGGGACGGUCUCGUCAAGGUCCUCACGAAGCUCACGACGACUCGAAAAGGCUCUUCCACCCGUUCCCGACACCGCGUCCAUCUUCUCGGCAUCCGGUACUAUCGCACCAGAUGAGGAGGUCGUGCGAAUCGAGGUGUACUGCCAGCGCGAGCUCGUCAGGCGGAAGAAGGAACGGCACGAGCGGUAUGUUAUCGAGCGAACGUUGCUGUACGGCGAAGCAGCGGACGACGUGCAGUUCGGUACAGCAGUGUAG